UGCCACCUGUUUCUGCUGGUUGGGGAAUAUCGGGCUUGAUGUAGGCCACCGUGCUAUCGAGCCUAUAGUGGGCCCCAUUCUGCGUUCUUAUUUAUUUAUUUAUUGUUCGAUUUUCGCACCGUUCCCACCAUAUUCUUCUUCGAUAGUUUCCCCCCUUUUUUAUAUCUUUCUUACUUAACUUUAUUUUUUAUACUUAACCUACCAGGAUCCUCUCGAACGUGGGACAUAGUAUUUUUAUUAUAUUUUUUAAAACUUACAUUGAAAGGUUUCACUUUCGACUCUAACCUUGUGAGUGAUACACCGGCUUCAGUUCUGUGGCUUGGUGGUCGGUUUGUUUUUGUGAAAAUGUCUGGAUAUAUAUCGAUGCUAAAAUGGCAUUUCCUGAAAUGCAUUAUGGUGUAAUGGCUGGCCACAGUGUGAUAGUCUCACAGAUAAAGACUGAAGAUCCAAGUGAUGUCAGUAGUGGUUCUCUGUGUCCUUCAUCACCUCAUCUGUAUUCCCCAUCAAACUCUGGUCUUUCAAACAGUCAGACAGAUUUCAGUCGAGCGAUGGGUCCUGUAGUAGGGAGUUCCAAAUCCCACUGUCAGUCUGCAGAAGAAAUGGCAUUGGAAUUGUAUCAGGGUGUAGCUGACCAGUCUCCAUCCUCUCCUGGUAGUCCUGAAAGUCGUCAUCAGGAUAUGUUUUGUUCAAGUACAAUGUCAGGGGAUGGUAUUGGUGCAGUGGUUGUUUCAAAUUCAGAAGGCAAAUCUGGAGAUUCUCCAAAACGAUAUUGCUUAGUAUGUGGAGAUGUUGCUUCUGGAUACCAUUAUGGUGUGGCUUCAUGCGAAGCAUGUAAAGCGUUUUUCAAAAGAACUAUUCAAGGAAAUAUUGAAUAUACCUGUCCUGCUAAUAAUGAUUGUGAAAUCAAUAAGAGGAGGAGGAAAGCUUGCCAAGCCUGUAGGUUUCAAAAAUGUUUGAAAAUGGGCAUGUUAAAAGAAGGUGUGCGUCUUGACAGAGUGCGUGGUGGACGACAAAAGUACAGGCGAUGCCAAGAAAGUCCUUACCAAGUUCAUCCUGUCCCCUGUAAAAAGCCAUCAAUAGAAGAUAAUAAAAUUAUAACAGCUCUUCUCAAUUGUGAACCUGAUCCACUACAAGCAAUACCAAAUCCUGCUCUUCCAGAAUCUGACUUGAAAAUGAUUAGUACGCUCAGUGAUUUAGUUGAUCGAGAACUUGUUUCCACGAUUGGUUGGGCCAAACAGAUACCUGGUUUUACAGAUCUCACCCUCAAUGAUCAGAUGAAACUGCUGCAGACUACAUGGGCUGAAAUACUUUCAUUAUCUCUAGCUUACCGGUCCUAUAUGUCUGGAAGCGAGCCAUUCAAAUUAUAUUUUACUCAAGAUUUCACAAUGGAUGAAGUGCAAGCCGGAGAAUGCCAAGCAAUAGAGCUAUAUUCUCGUUCAAUACGACUAGUCAAAAGGUUGGAAAGCAUAAAUAUAGCAAGGGAAGAAUACCUUGCAUUAAAGGCCCUUCUUUUAGCAAAUGCUGAUAUUCAGCUGGAAGAACCUCAGUCUGUGCACAAAUUACGUGAUAGCAUACUCAACGGACUGCAGAACUGUGUGACGGUGUAUCGAAACACAAACUGUAUUGAGCACUUGAGUCAAUUGAUGCUGUGCCUACCUCUCUUGCGGCAACUUGAUGCAGAAGUUCGGCUGUUUUGGAGCAAUGUCCGCAAGGCAGGGAAAGUGGUCCUGAACAAAUUGUUUGUUGAAAUGCUGGAAUCGAAUGGACACUUGUUGUAAAUUUAUUCAUUUGCCAUAAGAAUCCAGGUAUGCGUGAAAGGGGGGAAGGGGGUCUGGUGCAUGAUGUUGUUACUAGGACUUAGAAUGUGAUCAAAUAUCAUUACAAUCAAUUGCAUCACAUUACUUAAAUUGGUGGAUUAAAUGUUAGCUUUGUGAGAGAGAUGCAGUUGUAAUCAAUUUCUAUUUUAGAGAGGCAAAAGAAAUAUUAUUUGGAGUAGCUUUAUCAAGAGAUUUAGUUGUUUUUAUGAAGUCUUUUUUAAAUAUCUGCUAAGUUUAAUUUUACUGAUGACCAACAUAAAGUCCAUUUUAAAAAUUCCUGAAUGCAGUGAUUUAAGGAAUGGAAAUUUUUUAUGCAAAAAGCUGUUAUUUCUAUUUUAGUAUGUUAAACCUGGGUAAUUAGUUAAUUCUAAUCUUUCAGAAAAUUAUAAUUCUAUAUAUACUUAUAGAUUAAUACAUUUUCUUUAGAGUUGGAUAAUAUUUAUUUCGUAUGUGUUAUUUAUCUUUAAAUAAUUCCAUCAUUCAGAGUCUUCCUUUUCUACAACCAUUUUUUUAACUGUAAGAUUGUGCUUUUAUAGCAUAAUGAAUUAAAACGUUUUAUUGAAAAAAUAUUUUGUUUCAUACCUAAUAUUGCAAAUGUUCUCUAUUAUUUGUACUU